AUGCUUGACCUUAGCUUAAAUGACUUUCAGCAGUCUCACAUACCAUCCAACUUUUCACAACUCGUAAGUUUGACAGACUUGCGCAUCGCUUCUGGCUUUUCUGGUGAAGUUCCAACUCAAAUUUCUCAUCUACACAAAUUGGUUUCUCUUGAUUUUAUGGAUUCUGUAAGUUUUAAACCAAACACUUGGGAGGCACUAACAAAAAAUGCCACUCAUAUAGAGGAUAUUUCGCUGACACUUGUGGAUAUGUCAUCAAUAUCACCAAGUCAUAUAUUCAAGAAUAUUUCAUCUUCUUUGAUCUCUCUCAGUUUUGUUAGCAAUGGAUUGCAAGGCAAUUUGGGAGACGAAAUCUUCUCUUUUCUACAUAUUCAAGAGAUAGAUUUGAAUGGCAACGAGAAUCUCACAGGCUAUCUUCCAAAGUCAAAUUGGAGUCAAAUAGGUGAAAUAUCCUCUCAUUCAUUGGAAUUUCUUGAUGUGUCUAAUAACAAGUUGUCCGGUCCAAUUCCAAGGUCAAUUUAUUCCCUUGAGAACCUUACAUAUCUAAACCUUUCUCACAACUUUCUCAUAGGAAGUGUGCAGUUGCACCAUUUGUCAUUGAAGUACAUGCAGUACGUUGACUUGAGUAACAACUCGCUUCAAGGAGAGAUUACUUCUUCUAUUUGUAAUGCUAUCUCACUUGAAUUUCUAAGCUUGUCCCACAACUACUUCACUGGCACCAUUCCACACUGUAUUGGUAGCUCACUUGAAAUUUUGAACUUGUCUCAUAACAAAUUCUCAGGCACCAUUCCACACUACGUUGGUAGCUCUAGCCUCGCUCUUUCUGUGAUGGAUUUGCAAAUGAAUCAAUUUUCUGGCACAAUACCUGAAUCAUUUGAAGAGGGCAACAAUUUGAGGACCAUAAAUUUUAAUGGCAAUCUAUUGGGAGGGCCAUUUCCUCGAUCUUUGAUCAAUUGCACCAAAUGA